AAUAUGGAGGUCCCAUCUAUGGAGCUCCCAUCUUUUCGAAACGGCUCUUCCGCAGUAUUUCUUUCCUUAUCGAUGCUUGCUGGACGCUCUUGAACAUUAAUUCUGGCAUCCAAAACUAUGAUUUUUUUGUAUUUUCCGGUAUUCCUAUCUGUAUCGCUAUCCAAUUUGUACGUGGUGCUCGGUUCGUCACAACAAACAGCCAGGGUAAUCAAGGGAAGACUUUGUUCCUCUAAAAUAUUACGGAACGGCCCUGAUGCCUCUCUUUUACCGACAUUGACAAAUACUCCAGUGGAUAACAAUAGCAGGGAUAUCUUUCCUCCAUACUGCCCCGACGGCUACUUUUGUCGCGUCACAAAUCAUCAUCAUCCUGGUUUCGGUGACAACGUGGGCCUUUGUACGCCGUGUCCGGGUAGACCCGAGCGAUGCCUAUCUAAUAUAUAUGACAUAUCUGUAUUCAUUGAUGGACAGACCGUUUCGAGAGCCUCGGCUGGGGAAUGUUGGGAAAACUGUGGAUUGGAGAGUAAUCGCUGCUCUUCGACGAAACCAUGUGGAGAUGGUUUGUUCUGUAACCCCGAUGGCGGGGACGAGAACGGUGGUUACUGCGAAGGCUGUCCAACUCAUAUAUUCUAUUGUCAGGAGAAGAAUCUCACAGCAGCUGGCCAGCAUGCCUGUUUGUCAUCCUGUGCCCUCAGUUGCCACUUCUCCUCUACCAUUGUCACAAAUGAAACAGAAAUAUUUGAUGGACAAAUAUCUUURWCACCAAAGCAAAGAUCACUUGGCAAGUCGUUGUCUUUGCAUGGAUCCCCACAGGGAUCAGUUACAGGUCCAAUUGUCGAUUGCGGCCUUGGCUUAGAGCCUUGCAAGGACGCGAACAACUCCAUUUGUUUGAUAGAACGUGGAAAAGUGGCUUUUUUCGAGAAAGUCAUAAGUUGCUCAGCUGGAGGUGGGAUAGGUGCGAUAAUCUUCAAUAUAGAAUCAAAAUGCGGCAACUUCAACGGCACAUUAGGCACCGCAGAUACAUUUAUCCCUUCUCUCUCAAUCUCCCAUCUUGAAGGCAGGGCUAUCUUAGAAGAGAUAUCUUCAAAUUCUCCCUUGAUCGUCACACUUUCCGUUGGCGAUGGAGAUCUUGCCGAGCAUUGGUGUGAAGUUCAAUGUUAUGAAGGGAAAUUGUGCGAAGGAAUGAACACGACUUGUAACUUUGACCAAGGUGAAAAGGGUUCUUGUAUGAGCUGUACCCCAACCAAAAAGAACAAUUUUUGCCAGGUCUAUUGCAAUAACAACACUUUAUGCGCAGACGGUCUCUUCUGCGAUUAUGCCAUAACGACUGCCGGAACUUGCAAACCUUGUCCGGAGGGAACCGGGCAGAAGUGUUUCUAUUCGGACCUGACUCAGGCAGGAACGAAGGAGUGCUCUGAUGUUUGCGGCAAUGGCCAAGACCAGGAGCUCGAGGCUCUGCCGUGCAAGUUCUGUCCGAAGGUGGACUUUACCUUUCUCGACAUAAGUGAUGGUAGUAUCGCAGCUUUAUCCAAAAACAAUGAUGUCGGACCAUGUGAAUUCUGCCCAUUGUCUGAGACUCCAACGUGUUUGAAAGAAAAACGAUGGAAUAUGACAUACCCCAACCGAAUGUAAGUGUUGGCCUGUCUUCCUGGAGUAAUAUUGGACGUUUCAAAACAAAACACACUUGCUUUUAGAUCAGUGAAAUGCAACGACUCACAAAAUURCUCCCAGCUUGCGCUCGUUUGGAGGUGGUGUUGAGUGCUGGGUGGUAGCCGAGUUUUUCCGCAACUUGAACAUACGUGCAGACGAUCCUAGAUGCCGGAACGCUCGGUUGCACAAUUAUCUCUGUGGAUGUAGCGAAUCACCUGGCUAUGCGGGGGCGAACACCAAAGCCAAGCAACUUGCGCUAGUUUGGAUGCCACGAGUUAGCGCUAUAUUAUCUUUCUUGGUACGUACUGCGUGAUAAAAAUAUGUGGUGAGCGAUGAUCAUCUUCGGAGAAUGAGGUACAGAUUCGAUGCAUAACCUGUGACGGGUACAGUUUUUUCCGUAUGCCAACAGAAUCUUUCGUUAUUUCUCAUCUUCUUUGACGCACUCGGUUCUAUCCACACAAUUAGGGAUCGCUCUUCAUCAUAAUAGAUGUAUCGAUGAACAAAAAGGUGGGGAAGAUGGUAUUAGGGAACCUCCUGCGAGCACUGAGCCUUUUUGAUUUGACGGGCGCAGUUGGUUAUGCAUUCACGUCAUUCCCAUCGCCAAAAGAUGACUUCUUGCUCGGCGCCAACGGAAACGAGGCGACGUGCAAAGCACAAGGGUUUUUCAUCCAGAUGGGGACAAUCUCGUCGUAUAUGAACGUGUCCAUGUCAUUUUACUACCUAUUGACAAUUCGAUAUGGUUGGCGAGACGAAAAGCUAAGGAAGAGCAAAUACCCCUAUUUGUUAUUUGUGGUACCUAUUGCUGUCGGUGCUUUCUUUGCUUUCAUUGGGAUUCCAUUUUACGACAACAUGGUUUUGUGGUGCAACAAUACCGCUUAUUACUGGCCUGAAGUGCCGGUUGUUGUUGCGAUUGUUGUUGCAACGGCUGUCAUGGCUAAUUUGUGUUGGUUUGUCUACCAGGAAGAGAAGGCUUCGUUGCGUUGGCGACAACACAACGCCAACACGAGGGACUCGCUGUCGAAGAAGUUUUUCAUCCAAUCGCUCAGCUUCCUGGCCGCGUUCUAUCUGACCUGGCCACCGUAUCUAGCGCUUCAGUUUAUGCUGGCAUCGGGUGCCGCGUACUCGAACUACAAAUUCUUUUUGUUUGCGGGCACCUUUGUUCCCCUCCAGGGAUUCUGGAAUUUUCUCGCCUACUACCGGACCCGAAAGAUUACCUUUUUGUCCCGGAUGACGGUCACAAUCACCGCCCGCGUCGAAGCCGUUCGGACGUCGGCCUUCUCCAAGAKCUCCAAGUUCUCCGAGAGUGUGGAGCCACGACCGCACCACAACGAGGGCUUUGCGACAGACGUGAAUGCCGAAGGAAUCAACAGCGAACGAGUCCAGAAACGACGAGACACAAACGAAACAUCUUCUCUUCGAGGAGAAAACUAAUACCUUCGAAACCUUUUUCGGAAUGCGAAGGGGGUGAUAUAAUGAGGGUCGGAGGAUAUCCCAGGAGGACUAGAAAUAGCUAUUAGUAAAUUUUACCAACUUUU